AAAAAAGUAUACUGCUUCAUCUUCAUCUACUGGGAAUGAUAAUUAGGUUCUUACCUAUUUUGAUUACAAUUUGUGGGGUUUCCUUUUUAACAUUCUUUCACAUGAGGACCAUUUCAUCUUUUUGUUGUUGAUCCAUUCUUGCUUCACUCAGCUUAAAGAUGCUUUCUUUUUUGAUAUGACAACAAGAUCUCAUUUGGAGUUCUGAUUUUUCUUCUUUAUCUGAGAAAAAAAAUGAAUCUUGAUUCUUGAUUGUGGAUCCAAAUGGUCUAUGGAGCUCAAAUGACUUGAUUAAAGAGGUUUGCUAACAUGGUUUCUGUCCCUUUUCCUUUUUCUCCAUUUGGGAUAAUAAGAUGACAUCAGAAAGAUUAACAGGAGAAGAAUCUCUUCAACAAGAUCUGGAGUCUUUAAGCGUGUCUAAAAGGUUAGUCAGAAGUGUGAGCCAAAAGUUGAAAAAGAAGAACCAUAGAAGUGGAGGAGAAGAAGAGGAUGACAGCAAGGGUAUUUCCUUGAGAUGUCUAACGCUAUAUGGCAGAGGGGGUGGUUGCAAAGUGGGUGCUGACACUGGUGACGACCUAGGGGAUUCAUGCGGUAGAAGAAGAUCAAAUGCAAGUGAGGAAGGCAAAGGGUACAACCCGAUAUGUGGAAAUGAAGAAACAUCAGUAGAUUGCUUCUCUUAUGGGAUGAGGGAAAAAUUCUGGAGGAGGUCUAAUAGGAAAUCUCUGGAGCUUGAAGCAGCACUCCAGAACAAAAGCAUGAAUGUGUUUUUGCCAGAUGAUAUCCUCGAAAUGUGCUUAUUGAGGCUUCCAUUUAUAAGUCUUGUGAAUGCUAGGAUGGUCUGCAAGAAAUGGAGAAACUUGACAAUGACACCUCGUUUCUGGCGAAUGAGGCAGGAAGGUUCAUUCCAGAGUCCAUGGUUGUUUCUUUUUGGGGUUGUAAAAGAUGGCUGUUGUUCCGCAGAAAUACAUGCAUUUGAUGUUUCCUUCAACCAAUGGCACAAAAUGAAUUCUGAAGUUCUGAAAGGGAGGUUUUUAUUCUCUGUUGCUGGUAUCCAUGAUGAUGUUUACGUUGUUGGAGGUUGUUCUAGCCUUGCUAACUUUGGGAAGGUUGAUAAGAGCUCAUUCAAGACACAUAAAAGUGUGCUCGUUUUUAGUCCCUUGAUGAGAACGUGGCGUAAAGCUGCACCGAUGAAGCAUGCAAGAUCAUCCCCUAUUUUAGGAACUUAUGAGAUCAGUUCAGAUUGUUUAAUUAUUAGGAAUCAACAAACUCGAGGAGACAAAAGAUUUUACCGUCCAAGAGUUGGUGGUGUAUCUGAUGUUUAUGAAGAUCCUCAUAGACUUUCAGUGAGACGCCAAUUUCGACAUUCUCUGGAUGAGAACGAAGUUACAUUCUUUCCCAAUGUGAAACCAUACAAGUUUGUCAAACAAAAAAGCGAACAUUCAAAUAAAGAUCAAAGACGCUUUCUCUUGAUUGCUGUAGGAGGUCUUGGGUGCUGGGAUGAGCCUCUGGAUUCUGGGGAAAUUUAUGAUUCCAUGUCAAAUAAAUGGACAGAGAUCCAGAGGCUUCCUGUAGAUUUCGGAAUAGCUUGUUCAGGGGUUGUGUGCAAUGGGUUGUUUUAUGUUUAUUCAGAAACUGAUAAGCUAGCUGCAUAUGAUGUUGAGAAGGGCUAUUGGGUUAGAAUCCAAACUAGUCCAUUCCCUCCCCGAGUUCAUGAAUACCACCCUAAACUUAUAUGCUGCAAUAGUCGGCUAUUCAUGCUCUCCGUCUCCUGGUGUGAAGGGGAAGGUCAGAUUGGCAGGAGAAACAAAGCAGUAAGGAAGCUCUGGGAGCUAGAUCUUAUGCCUCUCACUUGGAGAGAAGUUUCAAUCCAUCCAGAUGCCCCAAUGGAUUGGAAUGCUGCAUUUAUAGCUGAUAAAAACUCUAUAUUUGGAGUCGAAAUGUUCAAAAUAUUCGGGCAGGUGCUAGACUUCUUGACUGUUGGAGAUGUAACCGAUGCUGGAAUAAACUGGAGCCAUAUCUCAAGGAACCGUCUUGCGCAAGAAUUGGAUGCUGCUUCUUGCUUGACGAAAUCCAUGGCAGUACUGCAUUUGUAACUGAUCAAGAACUCCAACUAGUCACAAUAUAUGUGCAAUCAUUUUUCUCUCCUAUAUUCUUUUGUUGUGGACAGUCUUUAGCAUUUGGUUGGACGUUUGAUGCUGUUUAACUUAAAUCUAUAUUCUUGUUUAUUUCAUUGUUAUUCCCAUUUGUUCUAUUGAUGUCAUGCAGGCCAUUCAAUUGUUCUGUAAUUUGUCUUUUGAGCAGUGAAAUAAUGAACUCUGGUUUUUAA